AUGGACUGCGCAAUGACUCGCCCAGCGGCGACAUCUCGUUUUCCUUUUUUCCCAUUUUCGCUGUGGUCAAAGAAGCCACAGCAGUCAGUAUCGACGCAACCACAGACACAAUCUCCCCAACGAACAAAGACGCGACCGCAGCUUCAGAUUCAAACCACGACACCAACACAAACUCAGCUUCCGCCCUCUCCCCCGGAAACACCCGUCAUUGUCGAACAUCCCCAGCAAACCCUCGAGGAGCUGGCAGAACGCGACCACCAGGAUCGGGAGACGGCGCGACAGGAGGCUCUUGAUGAGCUGGACAGUCUCGUCGGUCAUGAGAACGUCAAGCGCCAGUUGCGUGGUGUGCAGACUUGGGUGCAGAUAUGCCGGCGACACGGUCGCGACCCCAAGAAUGAGUGGUACAAUAUGGCCUGUGUAGGAAAUCCAGGCACUGGUAAAACCACUGUUGCGCGCAUAUACGCCAAGAUGCUAUAUGCCUUGGGUAUUUGUGACUCGCAGACCAUCUGCGAAACCAGUGGCAUUGAUCUAGCCGACCAAGGCCCAGACAAUUUCAAACAGAUGAUCGACCGGGUCGCCCAUACAAAUUCACCAGUUCACACAGCAGGUGUUCUCAUCGUCGACCAGCCGCACAUGCUGCGAGAGACUCUCUCAUCCCAUGCAACGGAGCAGGUCAUUGCGAGUGUGUUGCAGGCCUUGGAGCGCAAAACUGGGCGCAUAGUAGUGAUCUUCUCUGGCGAGGAGACGCCACUAACAGCUUUUCUGCGCGAUCAUCCGCGCCUACAGCAACGCAUCUGCAGCACAUUGCGAUUCUAUGACUUUGACCGUAACGACCUCGCUCAACUUCUCGCCCGUCGCAUUGUAAUUGAAUAUCAGGGUCGCAUGCAGGUUGAAGGCGGGCUCGAGGGUCCUUACAUUCAAGCUGCCGCUCGACGGUUGGCGCGCGGGCGCGCCGUGUCGGGCUUUACGAACGCCCACGCUGUACGCGAGCUGGUCAAAACGGUUGCACAGCGCCAGUCUCACUGCCUGGCUGGCCAGCAAGACAGUGGCAUGGAUGAGGUAGAUUAUUUCUUCUUCUCCAAGGACGACCUGCUUGGGCCAAGACCGGAGCAGACACGCGCCUCCAGCGACGCAUUGGCGGCCAUGAACAAACUUGUCGGGCAGGAUUCCCUGCAAGCGUCCGUUGCUGAAAUUUUCGAUCUCGCUGAGGAGAAUUACUAUCGCGAGAUUCGCAAUCAGCGUCGUCUGCCUCUCAGAUUGAACCGCGUGUUCGCCGGGCCACCAGGAACCGGCAAGAGCACGGCGGUGCGAUUGUAUGCGCAGAUUUUGCUUGAGUUGGGCCUGUUGACGAACGGAGAGGUCCGAGUUAAACCGUGGUCGGCUCUAUCGAAGCUCGACCCAGACAGCAUCCGUGAUCUUGUCGAGAGCAACAAUGGUAAUGUUCUCGUCAUCGAUAUCGACUCCGAUCGUCAGGACUCCUUCCAGAGCCAGACUGUGCUGGACAUGACUGGCCUGGAAGUUCUGUGGACACCGCGGGACAAUCAUUGUACCGUCGUCGUCGGCACGCACGAUGCGGUCAGUCACGUCCUUCAUCAGACAGGGACGCACUCCCGCCUAAACCGUGACCUGGACAACCAAUUGGUUCGCUUUGCUCCUCUUACGCGCGACCACAUCGAGGAGCUCUUCCACAGUAAGCUCCGAGAGCGGGACUUGGACGUCACCCCUGACGCCUUUCAAGCUGCCUUGGACAUGCUUGAUACGGCUCGCAUGCGCCAGGAUUUUGACCAUGCUCGUGCCGUCGAGCACCUUCUGGUUGCGGCGCAGUAUCACUUUGAGCGCCGGGCCUGCGUCGGCGCGAAGGGCGAGUCGGUUCCUCGGAUCCUUGAGGGGAGAGACUUCAACCCCGAGCUGGUCGGUGGAACACCCGCGUUGGGUUUCCGUGAGGAACUGCGCCACUCGAUCGUCCCAGACGACAUAAUCUCUGUCUUGAAGCGUUAUCAUCAUGAGAUGAAGAUCGCUUGGAUGCAAGGGCUGAGCCCGGGCCAGCGGAUGCCUCGCGCAUUUGUGUUCAAGGGAGCAUCUGGAACUGGGAAGAAACGUGUUGCCCGCGAGCUUGGCACUCUCUAUUACAAGAUGGGGGUGUUGUCUCAUGGGGAACUAGUCCCCUGUUCGAUUGUCGACCUGCUAGCCCCGCAUAUGUAUCCCACAGCGAUUCGCGCGAGGGCGCAACUCGACCGUAGCCGCGGUCGGGUUCUGUUCAUCGAAGACGCGCAUCGCCUGGGCGAGACCGAGGGCCCUACCAAACAUGCGGUGGAUGAGCUCGUCUACCAACUUCCUCGGUAUCUGGAUCAGACCGUGGUGAUUCUGGCGGGACCAGCCCAAGAGAUGGACCAGAUGCUUGCCAAUCGACCCCUUCUUGCUGCCUUGUUUCAAGAGGAGAUUAUUUUCCGGAACCCAACUCCCAGGGAAUGUCUGCGACUGCUAGAUCGGCGGUUGAUGGAGCAAAAGAUCCCCGGGCCGCGACUUUUCCUGACCGACCCUCGUACUCCGAGCCACCGCGAGUUCACUCGGGCCGUCCAGAUUCUGUCCAUGUUCCCGUGUUGGAGCAACGCGCGAGAUAUCGAGGUACUGGCCCGAUGGAUGGUGGCUGCGUGUGUCAAGGACCUGUCCUUGGAGGACAUCGGGGAUAAGGAGCUGGGCAAGCUCCAGUUGAGUGAGGAGCAGGCGAUGGGGGCCAUGGUCAAGCUGUUCAGCUUGAAGAGGGAUCGGCUUCGGUUCAAUCAGGACCCCAAAGCCAGAGCCUUGCCUCGGGUUCUAUCGCAGCCUCGCUGCACUGAUCGGACAGGAGUGAAGUUUCCUGUCUAG